AUGAAAAUAUGCUAUGGUGCAUUGGUGGUAAUGAAGGAAAUUCGAAGAAAUAAUAACAUGUACCACUAUCAAGGUAGUACAAUUAUUGGGACAGUGACAACAACAUCCAAUGACGAGAAGGAGGCAGAAAUGACCAAGCUAUCGCGUAUGCGCUUGGGACAUGCUGGAGGAAAAUCCUUGAAAACUUUAUCAGAUCAAGGAUUGCUAAAAGGAGUAAAAACUUGCAACUUGGAGUUUUGUGAGCAUUGUAUAAAGGGAAAGAAAACAAGGGUUAUAUUUGGAACAACUAUCCAUAAUACUAAAGAUAUUUUGGAUUAUGUUCAUUCAGAUAUUUGGGGUGCUUCCAAAACACCUUAA